AAAUAGGUACCCUCGAUUCCUCCUUUGUGGAAAAAGUCAGGCGGUAGUCGCGUGUUAACCAUACAUUAAAGAAUAGAAAGCAUCGCGAAUGCAUUGCAUUUCGUAUAACCUACUGUUUCUUUGCAGAAGAACUGCACUCGGCAUAUCUAAGACUAUCUUAGUUAACAAUAAACAAACCUUUCGUAAAUUUUCAAUUAACGCUAGGUUAGCCGAUUUUAAUUGGGGUUCCAAUAAGAAGCAUCGAAAAGUGAAAAUACAAAUUUUACCCGAUAUGUCUGAUCCGAAAAUUGAAGAGAUCCUGUCACCUCUUCGAACUAGCGUUAAAGAACAAGGUGAUUAUGUUCGAAAACUCAAAUCUGAUGGAGCUCCAGAAUUGGAUAUCAAGAAGGCAGUUGCUGAACUCAAAUUACGUAAAAAAUUGUUGGAGGAUAAAGAAUUAUCUCUUUCAGAGGUAACAACAUUUGAUAGGGCAAGAAUGGAAGACCUUUUGAAGCGUAGAUUUUUUGUGGAUCAGUCUUUUGCAAUUUAUGGCGGCAUCACUGGCCAAUUUGAUUUUGGCCCUAUGGGUUGCGCAUUCAAGACAAAUUUGUUAAAUAAUUGGAGAAAUUUCUUUGUCUUAGAGGAACAAAUGUUAGAAGUUGACUGCUCUAUUUUAACACCAGAACCAGUACUCAAAGCUUCUGGACAUGUUGAAAGAUUUGCAGAUUUAAUGGUAAAGGAUGUGAAGACUGGAGAAUGCUUCAGAUUAGAUCAUCUAAUCAAAGCACAUUUAGAAAAAGUAAUUAGUGAUAAGAAAACUGAUGAAAGUACUCGUGCAGAAUGUAGAGAUAUUAUUAUUAAAUUGGAUGGAAUGACAAAAGAUGAAAUGGCUGCAGUUCUAUCCAAAUUCAAUAUGAAGUCCCCAAUCUCUGGGAAUGAUCUAACACAGCCAAUAGAGUUUAAUUUAAUGUUUGGAACUCAAAUUGGGCCAUCAGGUCUUAUAAAAGGCUUUCUGAGACCAGAGACUGCCCAAGGUAUUUUUGUAAAUUUUAAAAGAUUGCUUGCAUUUAAUCAAGAAAAACUGCCAUUUGCUGCAGCUCAGAUUGGAAAUGCAUUCCGUAAUGAAAUUUCUCCUAGAUCUGGUCUGAUAAGAGUCAGAGAGUUCACCAUGGCAGAAAUAGAACAUUUCUGUGAUCCAAGUGAUAAAAAUCAUUCCAAAUUUGAGAGAGUUAAAGAUUUAAGUUUAUUGUUAUAUUCUGCUUGCAAUCAGAUGGAUGGAAAAAGUGCACAACGCAUAACUUUAGGUGAUGCAGUAGCAACAAAACUUAUAGCCAAUGAAACAUUAGGGUACUUCAUGGGUAGAAUUUAUCUAUUUUUAAUAAAAGUUGGUGUUGAUCCAAAAAAAUUACGUUUUCGUCAACACAUGGCAAAUGAAAUGGCUCAUUAUGCAUGUGAUUGUUGGGAUGCUGAAUGUUUGACAUCUUAUGGUUGGAUUGAAUGCGUUGGCUGCGCAGAUCGCUCCGCUUAUGACCUUACACAACACACUAAAGCUACUGGGGUAAAACUUGUAGCAGAGAAAAAAUUACCAGCACCGAAAAAUGUUGACGUAUGUGAAAUAGUACUAAAUAAAGUUUUAAUCGGUAAAACGUUUAAGAAAUGUAGUAAAUUGGUUCAAGAUGUAUUGGCAGCAUUAUCUGAGACUGAAAUUAAUAUCAUAGAAACUCAGCUUAAUGAUAAUGGAGAAUAUUUGUUGAAACUUACUACCGAUUCCGAGGCCAAAAUUACAAAGGACAUGAUUCAAGUAAAACGGUAUCAGAAAACUGUACACGUUGAAGAAAUAAUUCCGUCUGUAAUCGAACCUUCUUUUGGUAUUGGGCGCAUAAUGUAUGCUGUCUUUGAACAUAAUUUUAGAGCAAGAGAAGGUGAUGAGAAACGAACUUAUCUUUCUUUACCACCAGUUGUGGCACCUUUAAAGUGUUCUGUAUUACCACUUAGCGGUAAUGAUGAAUUUGUACCGUUUGUAAAACAAUUAUCUCAGAAUCUUACAAAAUUGGAUAUUUCUCAUAAAGUAGAUGAUUCUUCUGGCAGUAUCGGACGCAGAUAUGCGCGAACAGAUGAAAUAGCGAUACCAUUCGGCAUUACUAUAGAUUUUGAUACUUUAAAGUCACCUCAUAGCGCUACACUGCGCGAAAGGGAUAGUAUGGGUCAAGUUAGAAUAAAUUUGGAUGAACUUCCGACCGUAGUGAGGGACUUAUCUUACGGUAAAAUUACAUGGUCUGAAGUUGAAGCAAAGUAUCCCAAAUUUGAACAACAAGAAUCAACAGAACCGUAGUAAUAUAUUAAAAAAACUUUACGGAAUAACUUAUUUGUAAUAUACAAGAACAAAUAAAUUGCUACAAUAGCAAUUUUUAUUGUGCAUUAAUAUAAUUUGCAUUUUUGGAAACAUUAUCUUUGUUAGUAUUUUUUACAACAAAAGCUAUAUUUAUUGUAAUGAUUAUAAAGUUUUUGCUUUCAUAAAA